AUGAAGCUCGAUUCGGAAGGUGCCGAAAGUGGCAUUGUGAAUCCUACCUUCUACCAGGAGCUAACCGACGAACAGACGCACUCGGAAGCGGCGCCCCGUGAUACGGUGGUGCCACCGAUUGUAACCGUUUCGCAUCCACUGUACCAGCAGCACCAGCUAAAUGAUGCGUACCGGUAUCGGAAACCGAAACGGGAACUCCAGCGGGAGAUUAAGGACCGCAUCCGUCGGGUGGAUUCGAAGACGUGCUGCAACAGUGUAUUCCCCCUAACGACCUGGCUGCCGGAGUACUCGUGGAGCAAGGAUUUGGUGCGCGAUCUGAUCAGUGGAUGUACGGUGGCGGUGAUGCAUAUACCGCAGGGCAUUGGUUAUGCGCUGCUGGCCAAUGUGCCACCUAUCGUCGGCAUCUAUAUGGCGUUCUUUCCGGUGCUGGUGUACUUUCUGUUCGGUACCUCGCGCCACAAUUCCAUGGGAACGUUCGCCGUGGUGUCCAUAAUGGUCGGUAAAACCGUGCUAGCAUACACCGGCACCAGUGAACUUGGCGAACCUCCCCGUACCGCCCUGGACGUGGCAACGGCCGUCUGCUUCGUCGUAGGCAUUAUGCAGCUGAUAAUGUGCAUCUGCCGGCUCGGCGUAAUAUCCUUCCUGCUAUCCGAUACGCUCGUUUCCGGUUUUACUACCGGUGCCGCCAUCCACGUCGUAACGUCCCAGAUCAAGGACCUGCUAGGACUAUCGUUACCCACGGUGGGAAGCAUGUUUGAAAUUAUUAAGACGUACAUCGAAAUCUUCAAGCAGAUUGUUAACGUUAACUGGGCCGCAAUCAUCAUAUCGGCCAUCACCAUCAUCGUGCUGGUGGUUAACAACGAGAUCCUGAAGCCGAAGGUCGCUAAGCGCAGUGUCAUUCCGAUACCGAUUGAGUUGAUUGCGGUCAUUGCCGGUACACUGUUGUCGCGGUAUCUGCAUUUUGCAGAGAAGUACAGCAUCAAAACCAUCGGAACCAUCCCGACAGGACUGCCCGCUCCAACAUUGCCAGAUUUCAGCCUGAUGCCUACGAUACUGCUCGACAGCUUCCCGGUCGCCAUGGUCGGUUACACCGUCUCCGUCUCGAUGGCGCUCAUCUUUGCGAAGAAGGAAAACUACGAGAUCGGUUUCAACCAGGAACUGUUUGCGAUGGGUACCGGCAAUGUGUUCAGUUCCUUUUUCUCCUGCUUCCCGUUUGCGGCUUCCCUGUCCCGCUCCUCCAUCCAGUACUCGGUCGGUGGACGGACGCAGAUUGCGUCCGUCAUUUCCUGCGGUUUGCUCGCGAUCGUUUUGCUGUGGGUAGGACCGUUCUUCGAACCCUUGCCACGAUGCGUACUGUCCGGCAUCAUCGUGGUAUCGCUCAAGGGUUUGCUAAUGCAGGUGACGCAGCUUAAAAGCUUCUGGCGCCAGAGCUGGAUCGAUGGAAUGGUGUGGAUACUGACGUUCCUUUCGGUGGUACUGGUUGCGAUCGAUAUCGGACUGCUGGUGGGCAUUGUGCUGAGCGUUUGCUGCAUCUUCUUCCGGGCACUCAAGCCGUACACUUGUCUGUUGGGCAAUGUACCGAAUACAGACAUUUAUCUGGAUGUGAAUCGUUACGAUGGGCUGAUUCAACACGCGGGUGUAAAGAUAUUCCACUACUGCGGUGCACUUAAUUUCGCUUCCCGGGCCGCCUUCAAAACGACGAUCUGCGAAACGCUUGGCAUCAAUCUUACCGAGGAGAUUAAACGACGAAAGGAUCCGGACUGGAAGCCAAGCAUCGAACAGGCGUGCCGGGUGCUGGUACUGGACUUUACCUCGCUCAGCUCGAUCGAUCCGUCCGCUAUCGGAACGUUUAAGGCGAUGGUGCGCGAGUUCGAAGUGCUCGACAUCCAUACCGUGCUGGCCGGCUGUCAGCCGCCGGUAUUUGAGAUGAUGCAACGGUGCGGAUUGAUUGGCGAUAUCGAAAAACCGUACUGCCGUUUGUUUACCUCCGUGCACGAUGCUGUGCAGUACGCGCGGGAAUACGUUGGCGUCGGUUCGAUCAGUGGGAGCGUCGUUUCCAGCACUACCGGUAUUGUGUAG